AUGAGGGACCCGGUAGUGUCACUUAUGCUCAGGUAAAAAAGUUUUUCUUACCUUCGCGCUUUGUUUGGAGUUUUCCUUUUGAAAAAAAACGGACGAUUUUGGAAGGGAAGCUAUGUUUGGUGGUUAUUAACCGUCAAAAGGUUGUUAUUUACAGAGAAAAUGAUCAGGUUGCGCUGAGAGGAAAUUGGAAGCAUUUUUAACGGGGAAUUUGCUUAAUUUUUAACUGCAACUUUUUCUAAAACUGGGAGCAAAUUAACAGAGAGAGAGAUUAGAAUCUUCUAAAGCAUAUGCAAGAUUUUUAGGGCGCGCUUUGCAGAAAUCAUCGAUAUUUUUAGGUGUGUUAUGCAAGACCUUCUAUGACUUUUCGGAUUAUUUUUGUUGCUUCAUUCCAGCUUCACUCAAGUCCCUUUUACAACGAAUGCCACGGUAUUCAAUGAUCUUUGUUAAUGAAAAAAGAAGGGCCAGAGAGAAAAAAACCCUACUCUCUUUUGACCUGAAAAUCUUGGCCGUUUCUUUAGCCAUAGGAUACCAUACAUGUCUUAAAAAACUUUGCUUUAAUGCCUCUCAACUUUCAUCGAAAUUUGGGUGUCGCCCUGCAAGCAUUUCGAAAAUGGCGCAACAGUUUCUACAUCUAUUUUUUUCAAAUUCCAUCAAAAUAACGUUUUCUUUUUAGCUAUUCUUCAAAGCACUUUCUUCCGAUUAUCAAAAAAGCCCUUCUCAACGUUGUCAUAGCUCUUGUUUGAUGACCUUUCAGGUUGCUGUAAUAUAAACGUCUCGUUUUUUCCGCGGGUUCAAACCGUUUCAAUUCAAGGGGAAAGUGAAAGGGUUUAUGAGUCCGUAAUAACGAUUUAUCUAAAUAAUCGCAACCAAGCAACUUUUGUUCGCUUGAUUAUGGUGUGGGUGUUGAUUGAAGCCGCUUUUUCUCAGGAGUUCGGGCGUUGAGAAGAUGACGACAACGGCGGAGCGUCGGGAACAAUUGGAGAGGCAUUUGCAGAAAUUCCGAGAGAUUGCCGAUGAGCGAAUGCAGGAGAAGGUGAGUGCAAAAAUUUAUGCUGGCUUAUAGGCAAAUUGGGCGAAAUCUCGUACGAUGACUUUUUUAAGCUACUGUAUGCUCUCUAACCAAAAAAUUAUCUUCAGAUCGCCCGAUGGGGAGUUUACCUACCCGCCAUAAUCUCCGCAACGAUCCUGAUUUGUCAAGCCGCCAACACCUUUAUUUUUGGAUCAUUUGCAUACAACUUUGGCCAGUUAUACACCCUGCUCGACGAAUAUAUGAGAACUACGGCCGCUAUGAAUUUAACUUUAUACAAUUCCACCGAUGUCUACAAAUACGAAGGCCAUAAUUUUGAGAGAAUCAACGAGAUCGACUUGGUAUGUUGAUGGGAAUUUUUUUGAAACAACUGUGAAUUUAGUAUCACGAUCAAUUGUGGACGUUGUUUGUGGCCGAGGUUAUUGAAUUGGUCUUUCCAAUUAUCAAUAUCACAAUGUUUGCGUAUAUUAUACAAGAUAAGAAAAGGCAUAAACUGAGGUCGGAGCUGCAAGCAGUUUAUUUGGUAAGUUGGAGGAGAGCGCUGGAUUUUUAAUCACGCUUGGAACCCCACUGGGGACCUGAUCCAGUGGCAAAAACGUACCAUUUUGCAUCCGGGAAGUAUCCAAAAUGUGGCAAAAUGCUUCCCUCUCCAAGUAAAAAACUCCGAUUUCAAAAUUGCGCCCGCUUUUUUGUGAGAGAAAGGGCGCACCCAAAACGAAGUUUUUUCUCUUGGAGAGGGAAGCAUUUUGCUACAUUUUUGAUGCUUCCCGGAUGCAAAGUGGUACGUUUUUUGCCACUGGAUCGGCUCCCUCACUGUAUAUUCAUUUUCCUUCCAGCUGGCUCCCGCUUUGGCCUUGGUCCUAAGCAUCACUCAAGCCUUCACAAUCCAUGUCACACUCUUCGAUUCAAUGUAUACGAUACGAUUUCUACUCUCGAAAUUAUUGGCACAACUCUUGGAAUUGAACAGCCCAGGGCGAUUCCCGAUCGAGCACUUCUUUGGAUGCGAGUUCAUCAACGAUGACGAUAUUGUUGUAGGUUUUUUGAUGCCUCAUUCAUGUAUGAAUGCUUGGCAAGUUGGAUAAAAUUUGACUUUACAGAAGCCCCCGUGUGCCGGGACAAUUCACGAUCAAGUGGUUUCGAAUACAACCAUGAAUGUUGUGAUUGGCAUUCAUUUCAUUCCGAUUGUUAUUGGGAUCUACUUGUUUUUGCAGAACCUCAAAUCCACCCAGACCGAUCAUCUGUUUUUGUACAUUGAAAGUGUGGAUCCGGCCAUUAUGGAGAAGAUGUCUGAAUUGUAAGUGAAACAUAACAAAUAGAAGUAUGGAAAGAUACGUUGAAUAACUAAAUAGGAUGGUCCCGUGCCCAAAAUUUUUUGAACACUCCCCCAUUUUAAAAAUUGAAAAAAAUUGGGUGUGACAUGUUACACGAUGAAAUUUUUUUUCAAAUUGACAAAAAUUAGGUGUGACGUUUUAUACGAUGAAAUUUUUUUUCAAAUUGACCAAAAUUAGGUGUGACAUGUUAUACGAUGAAACCUUUUUUCAAACUGACGAAAACUAGGUGUGACAUGUUAUACGAUGUAAAAAAUUUUCAAAUUGAGAAAAAUUAGGGGUAACAUCACCUGAUUUUUUCAAUUUGAAAAAAAAAUUUCAUUGUAUAACAUGUCCCACCUAAGCGGGAGAGUUCGAAUUGGGGGAGAGUUCAGAAAAGGGGCUCAAUCUUUUUUCCAUUCUUGUUUUCCUAGUAAUCCUCCAUGUAUUGCAGUAAACAAGAAGAUGGCGAAAAUCCCAAACGAAAGACCUUGAGAGACACGGUAAAGGAGAUGCUAAUGGAAUGGAACGUGAAGUUCAUCCCGAAGCGGAUAUUCGACCUCCAAAUGGGGGUGGAGCGACGAUUACAGCGCAGUAAAUCCACUUCCUCGGCGCAUGAACUCGGCCACACAGCACUGUAA